UGAUUUAAGGUGAUGUGAUCGUGAUUGAGCUCAGAAUAAACAAUAAUGUGGUAAUGUUAAUUCGCUAUAACUUAAAAGGUAAAAUAACUCGUGUAGCGUUGCGCGCAAGAUGUAGAGAAUAUUCGCAUGUAUCUUAUAUACAGCAUUACAUAAGAUGCAAUUUAAGAACAGUCUGUGAAAAGGGAUAUCACAAUACUUUAAUCCACACGAAUCCGUUCCGCACCCUUCAUGACAAACGCCACAGGUGUGUGAGAAGUGGCGCACACGUAUAGCUGCUUAGGCCUAACAUAGUUGGCAUCAACCCAGUAGCCGCAUUCGUCUAUAGAAAGGGAGUAUGUGUAAGAAAACCUCACAAGUUCAGCGCUGAACAUGGCCGAGAAGGGAGAGCUGCUCCGGCGGAUCCCGAGUGUAAAGUUAUGGCUGGUUCUCACCUUCACUCUCGCAUACACCGUGGUGCUCCUCGUCGCUGACUACACCACCCAUUCCCUGACGUUAAGAGUGGAGGUGUAUCACGCCCUCUACAACCUCUUUUCGCUCAUCGGAUGCUUGCUCACGAUGAAGUUAUGUUCAAAGCCCCAGAGCCUGCACAACACCUUCGGAUGGGCGAGGCUGGAAGUGUUGUCAAUGCUCACGACGCUUCUGUUUCUGACUGCUCUCUGCUUCAGCGUUGCCGUCGAGGCAAUCCAGACGGCUGUGCACGCAGGUCAUCAAGAUGCCAUGCACCACCCACUACAGGUUCUCAUGCUGGGCAUCGUUGGUCUGGCUAUCAACGGCGUCGUCUUCUGUCUCAUAGGAGGGUACACACAUCAUCAAGGAUGUUUCCUAGAGAUGCGCCCUUCAGGAGGAGUCUGGGUCGGCCGGCAGGUCACGCAAGAGGCCGUCCAGGCUGGCCGCAGGACGCUGUCUUCAAGGAACCUCAAGGCAGGAGCAGCAAAACCUUCAAGGAUAAGUCAGGGCGUCUUAGAAGUCCUCAGAGAUAUUUGCGGUGUAUUGCUGAUGAUGGUGUGCGCCGCUGUAGUGUACUGGGACAACGGGGGAACCAUAGCGCUCUACAUUGAUCCCGGUCUUGCUGUGACUUCAGCUGCCCUUCUCAUGUGGUUUAGUUUCCCCUAUGGGAAGGAAUGCUGCCACAUACUACUGCAGACAAUUCCUGGGCACAUAGACGUAGAGGAGUUCCAGGCACGAUUCUUGGAAGAAUUUCCUGCAAUUGUUAAUGUUCAUCACCUCCAUAUCUGGACCUUUACUCCUGAAAAUGUAGUAGCAACGGCGCACGUGGUCUUUUCAUGUCCGCGAGUGUACCUCAACAUGAAAGCCGCUCUUACACACUUCUUCCACGAGGAAGGCAUAACGAAAGUCACUCUACAGCCAGAGUACCUUGGGAUGAGCGCAGACGAGGCACUGGAUACCACCCUGCAUACGAAGGGACAAGUGUGUCUUUUGAGAUGUGAUAAUGAGCACUGCUAUCAGAAGGAAUGCUGUCAUGAGCGGUGCCACCAGGAACUCACUACGGUCAGCACUACAAGGCCGCGGGUUAUUACUGCAAAUACCAAGACAGUGGAGGAGAGUGUACCCACCUACACCGGAUACACCAUGACAAACGCGCCAAGUAAACAAGUGAAUAGCGAAGCAGGUGAUAAACAAGUGAAAAGCGAAGCAAGUGAUAAACAAGUGAAAAGCGAAGCAGGUGAUAAACAAGUGAAUGGCGAGGCAGGUGAAGAAGUCCCACUUGAGAAAGAUCCACUUCAGCCGAAAACUCAAAAAGAAAAAGAUCAGGCGGCGCAGCCAGAGGAGGAGAUUCCAUUCUUGCAGAGUAUAACUGUUUCAAGUGGUGAUGCCAAUGAGAGUAGAAGCCCUCAGCAAAGUGAAGAAAAUAAGAAGAUAAAAAAAGAGGCUUUAGGACAUGAAAGUGAAAGAAAUUAGUAUAAGUGAUUUGAUUUAAAUAUGAUUGCAUUUCGCCACAAUGAAGUUUAUCUAGACUUUUAUUGAAAUAAACUAUGCAGAAAAAGUCACAUUGAUUAUAUAUACAUUACACUUUAUGAAAGAAAAUAUAUAUAUAUGAAAUAUAAAACGGGUUCUGUUUUAUUGUUUCAAAUUCUAAGUCAUUAUAAAGUGCCAGGUUCAGAGCUCACCGUCAAGAAUUUUUACUCGAUUUGUUAUAAUGAGCUCACAAAUUGAAACGUGAAAUCUUAUUUUUCUUUCGUGCUUGAUUUAGCGAUACCGAGCAUAAAAUAAGACCUUCUUUAAGGAUUUUCCAGUGGAGUUUCCAUUGAAAAAGGGACCAAUUAUAUAUAUACCAUGACAUUAGCUGUUAUUAAUAAGAGAGUUUCCUUGUUUAUUCUACUAUUACAAGAUUGGGUAUUAUCAGAGCAUCCGUAAAAGAAACCCGCUGAUACUUGAAGUAACAGACCAACACACACACACACACACACACACACACACACACACACACACACACACACACACACACAUACACACACACACAUAUAUAUAAUUUACUCAUGAACACCUUCACACUUGCUUAUGCACCAGAGUCAAUGCCUAAGCCUACUUACUCUCAACUAUGUAGACCAUUCCUUGAAUUUCCAGAUUUCUAAAAACUUAAUUUUAAACAAUGCUAUAAAAUGAUUACGAUAUUACCAUUGAAAAAAUCCGGAAAGGGGUGAGUUACGGCAAACAGACUUAAUAAUUGACUCCUUUCUGGCUGAGAUGAUAAAACAAAUAAAACAAAGCAGUCUAUGGUGUC